AUGUCUGAAGGCAGUCCUCCACAAAGGAAGCCGUGGACUUCAACACCACUCCUUGAGUCAAGAAAACUCUCCGGUAAAGCAGGAUGUCGAGUGUUCUUGAAACUUGAAAACACCCAGCCCUCGUCUUCUUUCAAAAGCCGCGGUAUUGGGAAUUAUAUGCUCUCCAAUCUUCAACAACAUCAGAAUGCGGCAUCCAGUAGUCAAAACAUUCACUUCUAUUCAUCCUCCGGAGGAAAUGCCGGGCUCGCCUGCGUGACUACAGCAGUAUUUUUGAAGUGCAAAGCAUCGGUGGUGGUUCCCACCUCGACCGAUCAAGAUAUGAUCACAAAACUCCGAGAGGCUGGAGGAACGGAUAUCAUCAUUCAUGGCGACUCAUGGUUUUACGCAGACAAGUAUUUGCGAGAAACUGUGAUGGAGGCGGCAAAGGCACGAGGAGAAACAGCGAUUUAUGUUCCACCCUUUGACCAUCCUCUCAUUUGGGAAGGGGCUUCAACUAUGAUAGAUGAGAUGGUUGACCAGAUGGAUGAACGGCCUGAUGCCAUUGUAUGCUCAGUAGGCGGAGGUGGCAUGUUCUCCGGGAUCAUGCUAGGACUGGACAGACACGGAUGGAACAAAGGACAGCCUGUGCAAGUACUAGCCGUCGAAACCAAUGGUGCUGAUUCUCUUGCACAGGCCGUCGCAAAGAAGGAAUGGGUCACCCUCCCAGCGAUCACUUCAGUGGCGAAGACACUGGGGGCUCUGAGGGUUGCAGAGAAUGCAUUCAAGGAAGCACUCCGUGACCACGUCUCAACAGUGGUAGUCGAGGAUUCUGAAGCAUGUUCAGCAUGUUGGCACUUCGCGAAUGAUCAGAGAUAUCUCGUGGAACCUUCUUGUGGUGCGAGCCUCUCCCUGAUAUACAACGGGGCAUUGAAAAAGUACGUGAAGAACUUUGGGCCGAAUAGCAAGGUUGUUGUUAUAGUAUGUGGAGGGAGCGGUAUUUCGUUGGAAAAGCUAGACGCAUAUCGAAACGACUACGGAUUCUGA